AUGGUCGCCAUCCGCUUCCUGAAGUGGACGCUCACCUACGAGCACAUAUCAGGCGUAUGCCGAAAGAAGGAAAUCUUAUAUUUGUACGCGAUCAUCGGGCCUUUGACCUCCUGCAGGCUCGAAUCAGAUGAUAGAAGGUGUGACAAACAGCUGGAUGUGCGCAGGCGUGUUGUCUUCUCGACGCCCGCACAGCAGACGUCCGAUGUACACGGAGGCUGGGCGCUGAAGCAAGUGGCUGGCUUCGGAGUGCUCGAAGUGGGCUUCAACUGUCGGGGCUCCCGCGGCCGCAACAUCUGGCUGGCACUGGUGGCAGGGCCGGACGGCGUCUUCUUCGGUGCGCAUCAGAACGGAUGGGACUACGUGCGAGCGACAAGCGUGUCUGUUGACUGGCACGACAUUCCCUUGACCUCGGGUCUCGAAUAUGGAGCCACGCCGUAG